AUUUUCACAUGCAAAUGAGUGGGGUUGACAUUAGCUCCCAAUGCAACGCAACGUAAAAAGCCAAGUUGUUUACUUGUCAGCUUCUUUCGAAAAUGAGUAUCCCGAAAUUACAGUGUAUUGAUAUUUCCUUGUCCCCCACCGGCGUCGCCGAACUCUCGUUCAAUCGUCCAGACAAAUACAACUCGUUCACACCUCAGGCUUAUAUUGAUUGGCUCGCAGCAUUGCGAUGGGCUGCCCAAACGGAUGCUGCCAAAGUUACCGUAUUGACUGGACAAGGACCCUAUUAUACUUCGGGUCAUGCUCUUGCCAUGCCCGACUUUUCCGACGAACAUCUUGUUGACAAGAUACAAGAGUCUCAGCGUACCAUCACGCAGAUCAUUGAUGAAUUUAUUUGGUUUCCAAAGCUUCUGAUAGCUGCAGUGAACGGUCAUGCCAUUGGCGUUGGUGUCACGACAUUGGCACUAUGCGAUGUCGUUUACGCUGUUGAUAAAGCCACCUUCCAGACGCCAUUUAUGAAAUUAGGAUUUUGCGCCGAAGGUUGUUCGUCUGUCAUGUUUCCCAGAAUUAUGGGUUAUUCCAAAGCCAAUGAGAUGCUGAUGAUGGGUCGGGUUUUUUCAGCACAAGAAAUGGAACAAUGUGGGUUUCUAAGUAGGGUAUUUCCGGAGGCCAACUUUCGGGAAACCGUGUUGUUAUUAGCUGAAGAAGCUGCUCAAUUCUCGUUGGAAGCCAUCAAAGUGACCAAAGGCCUUAUCCGCCACACGGAUCGACGGCUUCUUAGUCAAGUCAAUCAAAACGAAGUCGACCAGUUGAUGGACAGAAUGACAAGCAAAGACAGCCUCGAAAGCAUUAUGCGAUUCGUCGAAUCUCAGAAGAAGAAGACGGCCAAGAAAAGUAAGCUUUGAAAAGAACAAGAUUUAGAUCAUCAUAUCUGUUCUUGGUCAAUGAACACAAUGCACCCACAAUUUUUUGUAAUUACGGUCAAUCUAUCACUCACCGUGCAUUCUCUCUUUGUUCCGGAUUCUUUGUUUGAACUGAUGCUAGUAAUUGAUAUAAUCAAUUUUUUUGGGGGCCGUAGUAUGUAUAACAUGGCCUUGAAAACGUGGCAGACUUUGAGAAAUGUGAUGUUUUUCCAUGAUUCAAUUUGUUUAUCAAAAC